AUGUCCAAGCGUAUUCUCCUCACCGGGGUAAAUGGGUUCAUCGGCUCGUGGGUCCUCGACCACCUCCUUAGACAAGGCCACUUUGUCCGCGCCAUUAUUCGCUCCGAAUCCAAAGCCGAACGAGUUUCCUCCGAUUUCCCUGCCUACGAAUCCCAUCUUGACUUCGGGAUUGUCCCCGAUAUCACUGCCCCCGGAGCUUUCGACGAGGUGGUCAAGUCUGAUCCUUCUUUUGAUGUCGUAAUACAUACUGCUUCUCCAUUUCUCUACAAGGUUGUCAUGGAUAAUCGUGAAUUUCUUGAUCCGGCAAUCAGGGGAACAAUGGGUGUUUUGGAGAGCGUGAAGAAAAAUGCUCCGGAGGUAAAGAGAGUUGUGGUCACAAGUAGCUGUGCUGCGAUUAUUGAUUUUGCGAAGGAGGUUGUUAGUCAGCCGCAAAAAGUCUACACGGAGGAGGAUUGGAACCCCACUACAUGGGAGAGCGCAUUAGAAGGAACGCCGAAUAAUGCGUAUCAGGCCAGUAAAAAGUUUGCGGAAUUGGUUUCAUGGGACUUCGUGGAGAAAGAGAAACCAAAUUUUGAUUUGGUAACUUUGACCCCUCCAAUGGUUUAUGGGCCGUUGAGACAUACAAUUAAAAGUACAAAUGAUUUGAAUCAAUCAAAUUUGAGGAUCUAUAGUGGAUUGGUCAAUUCAUCGAAGGAUGCUAACCUACCUCCAAACGGCCUCCAUGCAUUCACUGAUGUUCGUGAUCUAGCAGAUGCCCAUGUUCUCGCUGCAACUCUCCCAGAAGCAUCGGGACAACGUUUCAUCGUUUGUGGAGGUCAAAUAUCAUCUCAAAAUAUCAGUGAUAUUCUUCGCAAGAAUAUUCCAGAAUUGGAAGAAAGAACGCCAAAGGGUGUCCCAGGUGAUAAAGGACUACAGGACGGCUCUUUCGCGUGUAGUAGCGAGAGAGCUGAAAAGGUAUUGAGGUUGAAAUUCAGGAGUAAGGAGGAAACUUUCGUGGAUUUGGCUGAACAGCUAUUGGAAAUUGAAAGGAAAGAGAAGAAUGCAGAGUAG